GGACGAACAAACACAACACUGUCAAACUGAUACAUACGGAAAAUGACAAGUCACGGUGUCCCAAGGAUUGCAGCGGCAACAGUCCGGACAGAACAGCAACGUCAGGACGAGAUAGCCAAGAUCGAAAAGUACCAGGCCUUAGUUGACUUGAUUGAGAUGAAGAUACAAGAGCGCCAGUAUACAUCAGAAGUCCUCGACUUAACCUCGAAACUGCUCACAAAGAACCCCGAAUACUACACAAUAUGGAACGUGCGCAGACGCUUAUUAACCUCUGGACUCUUUUCCAAAUCGUCGGAUGGGCCAUCGCCCUCGACUCAGCAGCCCUCUACUUCACAAGCCAAAACUACGAGUUCGCCCUCCGAAAAGUUACCCUCUUCUACCUCCACUUCCAACGCGGUCUCCAACGAGACCCCGCAGUCCCCACCCCCCCAGAAUCCUGGGAGCAAUGGUACAACUCUUGAGCUUAUUAAAGACGAUUUAUCAUUCCUCGUGCCGUUGCUGAAGCAAUGGCCGAAAUGCUACUGGAUAUGGAACUAUCGGAUAUGGCUGCUCCAACAAGCUACCUUGAGAUUAGACGUACCAGUUGCGCGGAGGUUAUGGGAAGAAGAGCUGGGACUUUGCAACUACAUGCUGGUACGAGAUAGCCGGAAUUUCCAUGGCUGGGGGUAUCGCCGAAUGGUAGUGGAGAAGCUCGAGAGCCCAUCAUUGAACGGGAAGAGCUUGGUGGAAGAGGAGUUUGCAUACACCACCAAGAUGGUAAAUACCAACCUAUCCAACUUUUCGGCAUGGCACAAUCGAAGCCAGCUUAUACCGCGGCUACUCGAUGAGCGGAAUGCAAGUGAUGAAGCACGUAAGGAGUUUUUGGACGAAGAAUUUGAUACAAUGCGUAAUGCUCUCUGGACUGAUGCUAGUGACCAAUCCCUCUGGUUCUAUCAUCAAUUCCUUAUGGUUACUCUGCUGGAUCGUACUGUAUCUAUCUUGCCAAAUUUCACCACAGAGCAACGUAUCGACUACGCUAACUCCCAGAUAAACGGUUUAAAAGAAAUGCUGGAUGGUGCCGAGGACUGUAAAUGGAUUUACAAUGGGUUAUACGAGUAUACACUGGCAAUAUGUCGUACGUGCGAACGCCAGCUAACAGCAGAUGAGUUGCAAGAUUUAAAGUUAUGGCUAGGCGAGUUGAAGAAACUGGACCCAGUGAGGAGGGGGAGAUGGGAAGAGCAGGAAAGAUCUCUGUACCAUUAAUAUUAUGAAAUAAUUCAAGUAAUUCAAGGGUAGAUUGACAAGAG